AUGCAAAAACCAAGAAGGUUUAUGAUUUUCAAUUCUUUGAGUGGAGAUGAUGAUGAUCUGAUGGCAGAGUUGAAUCCGAAUAAAAUCACGGCUCCAUCACCUUCCCAAAUGCUGUCUAUGUCAAUAGUUUCUCCUCUUUCUCCGACACAAACCGCAGUCUCACAACUGAGUAUUGAAAAGAUGAAGAACACCUUAUAUCAUAUUGUGAUGGGACCCAUUGAUAGUGAUUUAGAUCAAAUUACAACCAUUGGAAAAGACAUUCCACGUCUACUAGGCCGCAUAACCGUCAAUGAUCACAUUAAUUUUAAUCCUUCCAAUGAUGAUACGAAAAAUGUCAUCACAAGCAGCUCAACAACAACCACUCUCUAUCCAAUGGUGGAAAGAAAAAAACGAAUUGGAGAAUUUUUAAUUGUUCUGGUGAGAGAAAUACUUUUGCAAACUUCUCCUGAAUUGGAACAAUCGAUUGGAGAAAGUUUGGCACAAGAGGUUGAUUUAGAGCUACAUUCAACGUUGACACAAUUUGUGGUCGAUGCAUUUGGGAUAAAUUGUCCAGUCAUCCAAAUAUUACGCAGCAUGACUCAAGAUGGAGCAGCACAGCCCAUCGUUUUCAUGAAAAUGAAAGCUAAAGAACAGCUGGGUCUUGAAUACUAUGACGGCAAACGUUGGAAAAUUAAUGUUGCUGUUGACACAAAGGACUAUCAACAAACAACAAUUGUCACGCACACUAGGCUAGAAAAGAUUGUUGGGAAAAAUAGGGAAGGUCAAAAUGAAUUAAUUUGUACUUUUACAUGGAAAAUAAUAUUUUCAUUUUCUCGAUUCAUCGAUCAAGAGAAAAUUAUACAAUCAAAGAACAUUCAAGAAUUGUCUCUCACUGAGUAUCAAAAAGAGAAUAAUUUUUUACUCAACUCGUUGAGCUUGAAAUUUGGUGAAAUUGAACAAUUUAAUGAGUCGCCAAAUAUUGCUCGCUCAGAGAGCAAUCCUUUAUCCAAAGAGGCUUGGAGUAAGAAAAUUUCCUCACUUUUUGAUGGCUUGGAAGAAAUAGAGUUUAGUAAUUCACAAUCUAUCUGA